CUCUGGGGACUCGCAGAGAGGAGGGCGAUUUCCUCAAUUUGGGCAACAUCUGUCGACAUGGAAGGCCAGGGACAGCCAAGCGCACCUUCCCCGGCCUGGAGCAAAGGUCGCUGAAGAGGAAAAGGAACGCUGGCGGACGCUCCCAGGGCCAGUGACUCAUAGAAACUCUCUGUCCCCCAGAGGAAAAAGGACAGGUCAUGAACGAAGCCACCAUGGAAGGAGAACAAGCGCCCACCAGAGGUGUUGAUCCUAAUCAUGGAGAGAGAGGAAGGGACAGAGAAGGGGAGCCGCAGUCCUCUACAGAGAGCCCUGCUGCCUCUGCUGGGCUCACAGGUCCACUUGCUCAGCACAAAUCCAACCUGCAACAGGAGAGCCAUCCCACGCUUCUCACGGGCAUUACCAACCCUGGCUUUGUGGACGAGCCUCCGCCCUACUCUCCUCCAGACCCGAAGACAGUUCACCUGAUCUACCCAGCCUUCCAGGGCAACGUCUCCGAUCAGGGGCCCAUCUUCUUCCAGCCGACAGCCCUGAACUCCCAGCUGCACUUCUUGUCUGGAUCUGGACCCUACCCCUUCACCAUUUACAACAGCUCCCUUCUCAGCGAGAUCCCAAGAGAUCCCAACCCCAGGAGGCCGCCGCCCAAAGAUUACUUUGUGGAAUCCGUGAUGGUGACGCUCUUCUGCUGCCUGCUGACCGGUGUGGUUGCCCUUGUGUAUUCUCAAGAGACACGCUCCGCUCUGAACAGAGGAGACCUCGUCCAAGCCGGGGCAGCCUCCCGGAAAGCUCGAGCCUUGGUCCUCUUCAGCCUGCUUUUUGGCGUCUUUAUCUCCGUCAGCUGGGUGAUUUACGUCGUGGUGGCUCUCUAUCUGUGAUCCCGGAUGGCCAGAUCUGUCCCGGUCGGUCGCUCUAGGACACCUCAUUCCUCUGCGAAUGCACAUUGGGUCGAGGCGCACACAGGAAGAACUCGUGCAGCCGUUUGAGGCCAUGAGGCAAAGCAGGCCGCUGGUUCUCUGCCCCCGCAAAGGCUGCCAUGCGGAACUGGGAGCGAAUUCCAGAACUGGCUUCUCCUCAGCUUUUCCCUCGAGCACAGGAGGCCGGAGUGCCAAUUCUACUAGCAGAAGGAGGCAGUUUUUAAGAAGGGGAGGGAAAGGCACCAAAGAAGAUGAUGAUGAUGAUGAUAUUGGAUUGAUAUCCUGCCCUAUACCCUGAAUCUCAGAGUCUCAGAGCGGCUCACAAUCUCCUUUAUCUCCCUCCCCUCACAACAGACACCCUAUGAAAUAGGUGGGGCUGAGAGAGCUCUUAUAGCAGCUGCCCUUUCAAGGACAGCUCUGUGAGAGCUAUGGCUGACCCAAAGCCAUUCCAGCAGGUGCAAGUGGAGGAAUGGGGGAAUCAAACCCGGUUCUCUCAGAUAAGAGUCUGCGCACUUAACCACUACACCAAACUGGCUCUCAAGUCGAUUAUGAUGCAAAGAGUCGAUGCAAAUGACAAAUGUAUCAAGGAAGGGGAAUGGAAUGAAGGGCUGGGACACUGGACAGUUGUGCUCAAAUCUAGGUCUAAAGGUGCCUCGAACACAUGUGCGCAUUCAGGGAACUGCCUUAUAUCGAACCAGACCACUAAUUCAUUGAUGUCAGUAUUCCCUGUGAGUCUUGUGAGCAAAAAUUCUACUUUGUGAGCUGCUGGCAUUAACACUGUGUACUGCUGCAUGGAUUAGUGUGCUCUGGGGUCAUCCUUCCUGAACUAAGACAAAAAGGUGUGAGCUGGAGGCUAAAAAUCUGUGAGCUAGCUCAUGCUAACUCAGCUUAGAGGGAACACUGUUGUCUACUCAGAUUGGCAGCAGCUCUCUGGGGUCUCAAGUUGAGGUUUCGCACGUCACCUGCUGCUUGGUCUUCUUGACUGGAGAUACCAGGGAUUGAACAUGGGGCUUUCUGCAUGCAAAACAGAGGAGCUUCCACUGAGCCACCCCCCCCCCCUUGUGUUCUCUGACACUGAAUCUCUGAUGGCAGCAGCCUGAGCUGGAAAAAAAAGGGGCUCAGAGCUGCACAUCCCUCUGCCAGAAGUAAGGCUGCCAACCUCCAGGUGGGGCCUGGAGAUCACUCAGUAAACCAGCUGAUCUCCAGAGAACACAGAUCAGCAGAUAGGAACCAGGCAGAAGAGGACAGUGUGCCAUUGGCAUUGAUUAAAGGGGCCAAACAUGGCGCAGAGUGGUAAAAGCUGCAGCACUGCAGUCCAAAGCUCUGCUCAUGACCCGAGUUCGAUCCAUCCCUAAAUCUCCAGGAGUUUCCCAACUUGGAUGUGGCAACCCUCCCCCUCUGAUCCCGUGCCGGUGGCUGGGGGAAAGGGGGACCUGGCUACCCUAUCCUGUUGGUGCCUGCAUCCAGGCCUCAUUUUGGGCAGGAGCUGACAGGAGCAGAGCUCCGGAACCUCUAAAUUUUAUUGUGCUCUUUCUCUCAAAACCUCCCCCCCCCCUUCCCUGAGCUCCAUUGUUCAACCCCCCCGAGAGAAUUUUGCUGAGCUCUAAGAUUUGACAAAGUUUCUAAUAUUUCCCCCAUUAAAAAAUGGGAAAAUAACCAAACAUAAAGCAGACAGCUGGAAAUCUUCAUCAUGCCACUGUGGCUACCUGGGAGAAAGGAAUUUAAAAAGUAUAAGGGGAGCAGUGUUCCCUCUAAGCUGAGUUAGUGAGAGCUAGCUCAGUUUUUUAGCCGCUGACGCACACAUUUCUGUCAUCGCUCAGAAAAAUUGUCCUAGAACAGGCUGAUGUAUGCAGUAGCUCACCACUUUAAUGCCAGUAGCUCCCAAAGUAGUAUUUUUGCUCACAAGACUCCUCAGUUUAGAGGGAGCAUUGGAUGGGAGGAAGGUUUCAUUAUAACCAUUAUAAUUCAAGAAACGUUUCAGCGUAGAUGCUGAGCUGAUAUAAUUUAGCCCACCCUCUGGUGAUGUCAGGAGUGUGUGGCCUAUGCAAAGGAGGUGUGCUUAUGAGCUCCGGUACUUCUUUUUCUACAGAAUGACCCAUGCCUGCAUCGUUUCAUCAUUAACAACAAGAACACAUCUCAAGUCUGCAGUUGACAGCCAACAGGAUAUAACUAGCAAACCCAGUUGCCUUUCCAGAGACAGAGAGAUGCAGCAGCCGGAACAACUGGCCCCUGGGCAGAAAACUUGGGGACAGAAAGCAGCCACCUGGCUUUCUUUUUGUCUUUAGAGUUGCCAACUGACCUGAAAGAGAGCCUAGCGGGCUCACAUGCCAUUCACAACAGCCUGAUGUGCCGAAAUCGGCAGCUAAAACUUUUCCUAGCAGGGGGGACAAAUGCUUCCAGCUGCCUUCCUCUGUAUUUCAAGCUGCAGGUUGUUAAAUGUUGUUGCUGGGCGGGGGGGUUCCGUCUGUUUUUUUUUUUUUAAAGGUUGUCAGCUCUCUUCUCCUUCCCAGAGGAGUCCUGCCAGAAAAGCUAGACACAAAGCAGAGAUUUAGGUUACGUUUUCAGCACCGAUAGCAAUUUUUGUUAAAGACCACCCACCGCGGCCUCAGGACAUCAAAAUUCAAGUCAGUUCCAAAGAACUAAACUGGCUGAAUUUCAAAGUGUGGCCAGCAGAGGGCAGGAGUUCCUUCUUACAAAGACGGUAGCAGAAGCGAGUUCUCCAGUAGUUGCAGGUACCUUGCAGACGUCUGGCCGGCAGUGAGGGAUGGUUGAUGCUGGUUGCUGCACACGCUGGCCAUUCGCCGGGGUCUGUAAGAUGCUGCACUUCCAGGGCUCUGCAGCAGAACAGCCCUUCUCCACGCGCUGCUGCCAUAGCCGGGGCAGGAACACAAAGGGGUCUGACUCGCCCCGACCCUUCACAGCCAGCAAUUCCUACAUGCUCUGGGGUUUAGAUGCUGCGAUUCUGCAGGCUGCACCUCUAGGAGUUCCGUCGGUCAGAAGGUGGCGAUGCUUGGCUGCUCAGGGGGAAGUCUGAUGGACAAAGGUUGGCGGGGAGAAAUCUAGAAGGAGAGGGGCUUUGUCCCACAUUAGAUGUCAGAAAUAAUAAAGUGUAUUUCACAUUG